GCCCUAUACGAGCACACCGUCGUCGCUCGGUCUCCAGGCGGUCGCGGGCUUGCUCUCGUCGUCGCCGCCGCCACCGACCUCGGUCUCGGGUGUGUUCAAGUACGUCGAUGCGAUGAUGACGGCGCUCGGAGCCUUUGGCGCGAGUCCGUGGAGCCAGCGAACGCACGUGCAGGUGGCCGCGCGCGCCAACGCCAACGCCUACUUUGAGGGGAAUGGUCUGCUCGGCAGCAUGACGGACAGCAACGUCUCUCGCACGACGUGGGUCGCUGCGUUCCACGCGCCGUCCAACGUCUCGGCCUUGGACAUUUGCGCCGACGCCAACGACCGCCCGCUCUUUUGCGAAAAGACGUGGGCGUACUGCGCGUGGAUCCAGCAGACGCCGAGCGCGUCGCCCAACGACCGCUGCGACGCCGAGAACCUCUGGAGUGCGGUCCAUGCCAACGUCAUCGCCUUGAGCCAUCCCGGCGAUCGCGUCGAUGUGGUGACGAUCGAGUCCGAGUCGGACCCGAUCACGUACAGUGGCAGCGGCGUCCUUCUCUCGCGCAGCACGUACGACGUGAUCGUGCUCACGCGCACCCUUCGCUGCGACAGCAGUGGCGUGUGCCACACGACACGCGUCCACGACUACCGCUACGAAGGGGCGAUUGCCGUCACGGACGUUGAAGAGUGGUUCUCGACUGUGCGGCUCUUGCGCGUGACGGGCCAGAGCUACAAUAUCCUGCGCUUUCUGUGCCUCAUGCUCGGCUCUGUCGCCGCGUCGCGCGCCAAUAGUCUGUGGGGACGCGUCAAGGACGGUCUCUCGAUGCUCUCGCGCAUCCCGCCACAAGUCGUCGUCUACGGCAGCUGGAUUCCGCUGCUCUGCUACACGCUCGCGCUCAUGAUCGACGCGACCAUGUUUCACUCGAUCACGUGGACCGAUCUCGGGUUAGUAGCGCUACGUGUUGUCUUGACUGCCUGUCUGUAUAGGAACGCGUCGGUCUCGGACUGGGCCGAAUUGGCCGCCAUCCACCUGCGCAAUACGUGGCUCAUGGCGCUCCUCGUGCGCAUCGCCUUCUUCUUCCGCAUCGGCGCAACGUGGAACACGCCGACAGAGUGGUGGGGCAUCAAAGGCCACAUGUACGGCCUCGUCUCGCUCGCGUCGUUCUUCUUCAUCGUCAAAGACCCACCUCCGAUGAGCGCGCUGGUCGCGUCAUGGCCGAUGGAGGCGUCGUCGGCCGUCGCUCUCAUCCACCCCAAUGUUUUCACAGCCUGGAACACCAAGAUGGGCGGGUUGUAUGCGGAAGGCAUGGCGAUCCUCGUCGUGCUGGGGCUCGCGAGCGGCGGCUGCUUUUUCUACUGGUUGGGGCCGCGCGUCUGCGACGGCUUUCGGCGCGGCCCGCACGUGCCCAGAAUGCCGCUGCUCUAUUUCGCAAAGUCGACUGCGAUCCCAGCGGCCGCCGGUGUCCUCUGGGACGCGACGUUCUUGAGCGUGAGCUGGGACGCGGACGUCCUCCUUCCAGCGAGCGCCUUCCAGGUACGAUUGGUUGCUUGGUCGAUUCUCUCAUUUCUUAUUUUCGUUUGGGAGCGCAGGACACCAAGGACCGGCACCGACUCAUCAACAUUGUGGCGCUCACAGAUCCGCUCAACUACCUCUGGCUGCACUUUCACGCGACACGGAUUGCGCUCAACAAGUACCGCGUCGAGGGGACUACGGAUGUCUUUUGGCACCCAGCGCCCGAGCACAAGAUCAACGCCGACCGCGAAAACGACAAGGUGACGCUCGUCGCAACGUGUCUCGUCAAGCGCCUGUCGUGGCGCGACUGGGUCGACUGCCGCUAAGAAAGUGAGAGGUCGCGUCGACGAUAUCGAGUCGUUUUGUGUUUAUAAACAAGAAACCGAGUGAACAACAUGAAAACUGCUGCAUAUUUGAACGACGA